GUCACACCAAAGAAAUUUCUUGCUCAUGUUCUGAGAGUUCUUCAGUGGCCUUCAGGUGUGCUGCCAUGCGCCUUAUACUAAAUAGUGCUUGGCCAGCAUUUAGCCCUAAUUAGUGUCUUGCUGGAUCUAUUGUUGUCCUUCUGGAAGCUUCUAUUAUAUAUAUUUUUUUAUGCAAGUUGUCUCAUAAAGACCAAGCCAUUUUUUAAGAUUACACAACACCUGUUUGCUUCCAUUGCCGCAGAUGCGAGUUCAUUUAAAAUAUAAGCGGCUGUUUUUCUGCGUGGUGUAGCAGCAUCUGAGCUGAAACAGUUGUCCUGCCUCCCACCGAGAUACUGCCCCCGCACACUCUCACGACAGCCGUCAGGAAAACACACACACACACACACAGCUACACAAUCAAAACAUGACGCACUAUAUGUUAAUAUUUUGUAUCCUUUAACGAGAACCAGCACGUUUUCCAGUUAAACUUUAAUUUCCAGUCACCGUUUACAGUCAAAUAAUGGCCUGACUCUUCCUCAGAGUUACUGACUUUUAUGAUAAAUAGUUCUUCUUCUGGUUUUACUGGUCCGCAGUGGAUCUAUUUUGUUCUGCUUUAUCACCUUUUGUUCAUUGUUCCUUGCCUGUGUGUAUCACACACACACACACACACACAUGCAAGGACAUGUCACCAAAUAUGUCUUAUGAAGAGGGCUCUGUCAAAGUUGCGUUGUUUGUGCCGCAUAGUAUGAGGUACUGCGCUUACGUGGGCGUGUUCUGCUCGGAUGAGAUUUCAACAGACCGCCCGCGUCUUAUUUGACUUUUAUUUUCCAGCGCUCUAAUGGCCAUGACCAAAAGAAAUCUCAACCAACACUUUCUUGUGGAGUUUCAAGCGUACAAGCGAGUGUUUUUUUACAAUAUAUGGGCAAGUCUGACUUUAGAACUUGGCACCUUCAGUAUCAUGCACUGAUGUAUCCUGGAAAGGUUGCAGUGUAAUUAACUGCAAGAAGAGGCAGAGAAGGUCCCCAACUAGUCCAGAGCAAAAUGAAUAUACAUCUUCUUUCCCAGCACCAGCCUGUCGCAGUUCAUUGAGAUGUAUUCCCCCUGACCCGUUCGAGUCGGGAUGCCGGUGCAGGCGGCCCAGUGGACGGACUUCCUGUCCUGUCCCAUCUGCUACAACGAGUUCAACGGCAGCAGCCAGCAGCCCGUCAGUUUGGGUUGCUCGCACACGGUGUGCCGAACGUGCCUCCACAAGCUGCACCGCAAAGCCUGCCCCUUCGACCAGACGCCAAUCAGCACGGAUAUCGACCUGCUGCCCGUCAAUUGUGCUCUCCUGCAGCUGGUUGGCGCUCAGGUUCCAGACGUGAAGCCGGUCAGCCUGAGCAGUGACAAAGAUGUCGGACACUAUGAGGCCUGCAGGGUGUGUGUGGAAGAGCUGGCUCUCUACCUCAAACCAAUUAGCGGCACUAAAGGCGUGGCGCCGCCGAGUCCGAGCGCACUCAGCCGACCCAUGCAGAGGAAACUGGUGACGCUGGUCAAUUGCCAGCUGGUGGAGGAGGAAGGCCGAGUGCGGGCCGUGCGUGCGGGCCGUUCGCUGGGCGAGCGGACGGUCACUGAGCUCAUUUUGCAGCAUCAGAACCCGCAGCAACUGUCUGCUAACCUAUGGGCUGCGGUGAGAGCACGGGGAUGCCAAUUCCUUGGACCUGCCAUGCAGGAGGAUGCUUUGAAGCUUGUGCUUUUGGCUUUGGAGGACGGUUCGGCACUAUCCAGAAAGGUGCUGGUGUUGUUUGUUGUGCAAAAGUUGGAAGGGCGCUUCCCACAGGCUUCCAAAACCAGCAUAGGCCAUGUGGUGCAACUCCUCUACAGGGCCUCUUGCUUCAAGGUGACCAAGCGGGAUGAAGACUCCUCACUGAUGCAGCUGAAAGAGGAAUUCCGCACCUACGAGGCUCUCAGGAGAGAACACGAUUCUCAAAUCGUGCACAUCGCCAUGGAAGCUGGCCUCCGCAUCUCGCCCGAGCAGUGGUCUUCUCUGUUGUACGGGGAUCUGGUCCACAAGUCGCACAUGCAGUCCAUCAUUGACAAGUUGCAGUCUCCAGAGUCGUUUGCAAAAAGUGUCCAGGAGCUGACCAUCGUCCUGCAGAGGACAGGAGACCCGGCCAAUCUCACCAACCUCAGAGCUCACCUGGAGUUGCUGGCCAACAUAGACCACAAUACAGAUGAUGUAGCACCAUCGUGGGAGGAGCUGGAAAAUGUCAUGUUGGCUAUAAAGUUGGUGGUUCACGGCCUGGUAGAAUUCAUCCAAAAUUUCAGCAAGAAGAGCCACGACACCCCACAGGUACAUCAGGUGAACAGCAAGUAUAAGACUAGCAUGUGCAGAGAUCUUCGUCAUCAGGGAGGCUGUCCCAGAGGAACUAACUGCACCUUUGCGCACACGCAGGAUGAACUGGAGAAAUUUCGUUUGAGGAACAAAAAGAGCGGAAGUGUAAGUCGGGCAUUCCCUCCGUCGGGGGCUAAAACCUUCACGCUGGAGGGCACCGUCCACACUGAUGGGGCUGGAGAGGAGGACGCCCUGACAGAUGGAGAUGCUCACUCACAACUCAUCUCCAGAGGAGACAUGGAAGGCAUUAAGACAGCCGUGCCCAGCGAAUCCGUUGGGGCGAGUGGCUCAAAUGGGCUGAGUGGCACCAGUAUGACUUUACUGGGCUCAGCUGAACAGAAGUCCAUGUCUCCGCCUAUAACUCCCGUCAGCCACUCUUCAGCGUCAUCCCCUUUGGGACGGGUGGCCGAUGGUAGCGGGGGGCCAGCGCCCAAACAUGGUGGUCCCCUCAUGCUGCGAGUGCCUCACCCUUCUCAGGCCUCGGAGCUGUUCUACCAAGAGCAGCAAUCUCCGUACGAGACAGCCCGCUACCAGCCGAACGGUUCCUACUACCCAUCUCCUCUCCACCCUCCACACAAACCCUGCAUGGCUCGCUUCCUCAGAUCAUCCAACGUCCCAGAAUCCUCUCUGCCGCCGCCGUCCUCCUUUCACGGCGAGCCUCAAAUACCCCAUCAAGCGCCGUCUUCUCCUUCCGCCGGCUAUCCGCCGAGGGAGCGCAUGAGACCCGCCGUGUUCCACCACCACCACCCUGGCCAGCCUCAGUAUGGACCUCUCACUUCUGCCCAUGGAGUUUAUGCACCUCUCUAUGACAGCAGACGAGUGUGGAGGCCUCAGUUGUACCAUCGAGAGGACGCCAGGAGUAAUUCGUUGCCUCCAGAGGUGCUGCAUUCUUCUGUCUACCAGCCUCCACUCAGGGAGAGAUUCAACUCCCUAGACAGCAACUUCUGCUCUGGAUCUGAGCACCGUGCAGCGUUGCACAGGGAGUACGGUCGUGUUCCUCUGGUCUAUGACGACCCGUUCCGACGUAAGCAAGAGCAGUGGGCGCACCAUCACCACCACCAUUACCAUCAUCAUCACAGCACCAGCAGGCCCUCGCAGCCCUCAGCCAUCUUCAACAUUGAUUUGGGACCUGAGCACGUGGAGAGCAGUGGAGGUCGGUGCAUGGGUUGCCGCUUCAGAGGCGAAGAGAGCUUGGCGCACUACUCGCCGUGGUCCUGCGGCUCCACCGUCGGACCCUGUCUCAGCCCCUUUGAGCCCGAGGCGAUCACGCCAGCUGCAUCCCACUCAGCCUUGGAGCAGUCGGAGUCGGACGGCUGCGGCGGUGGAGUUGUUAGCGGCGGUGGCGUCGCAAAGCGCUGGCUGCACUCGUUAGAUUACUACAGGCGGGUGAAUGAAGAGGACCCCAUUAUUCCCUUCAGUGAGGGUCCCAUCAUAUCCAAGUGGGGGGCCAUAUCCAGGGCGGCACGCUCGGGCUACCACACCACCGAUCCCGUCCAAGCCACCGCUUGCCAGGGUGGCGCCAGCACCAUGCCCGUCAACUUUAAAGAUUAUAACUGCCACUUGGAUCGCAGUGAAUACAGGUGGAGCUCAAGAGGAUCGGAUUCUUCCAGCCACUCCAGUUUCCUCGAGAGUGAGCAGCUUUGUCGACAUUCGUCCAGCGAGAAAAUUGCAUGCGAACCGCAAAGCCACCAGACAGCCUUCAGCCAGGAUCGAGAGCAUAAGGAGAGUGAGCGAGAUAUUGAGCUUGAGCUCUGCGCUCUGGACAUGGAGGACACGGAACCGCAGGACAUCAAGUCUCAGGAUUCUUUGGAGCUGGCAUAUUCUGAGGAUGCUUCUCACCUCCUCCCACCGAAUUGCUCCUCUUCGCUUGAGGAACAACAUGCUGAGGAUCCUCCACCGGACAGGAUGGACACUUACCUGCUUAAAAAGAUGGCCUUCAGGAAGUCGCUGUCUCCCGUAGGCCUGGUGUCCGGAGGAUUGGCCGUCGGCAAACUGGUGCUGCGGACGGGAACGCCCCGACCCGGCGGUGGCGACUCCUGUCCCGAAACGCCCGGGGCGGAGAUGCUGCUCAGUGGAAGCUAAGGGACAUUUCAAAUCACAAGUAUAAUAUGAUGCAGUUUACACAUAAUGAAUUCUGUUGUCGUUUAAGGCAAGCAGGACUAAUUUCAAAAUGUUCUUUUUUUUGUGCUAUUUCAAAUAAUUGUGCAUACUUUUUGUAUUGCUCGUGCCUUGGAAAAAUAUUGUAUCCCCGAAAUUUUCACGUGUCUUUUUCUAUACACUGAGGCAUUUUCAUGUACACUAGAUUACGUAAUAUAUUUGUCCCACAAUGGGGAAAUUUGCAUAAUUUCAACAGCAAUUGUUGACACAGGAAAGGACAAAAAGAAAAUACAAAAUGGGAGGAAAAAAUGUACAAACUUUGCAAUAAAAGUAAAAUGUAAAACUAAUUAAACUACUCAGCCUUUUGCAGAUUCCUGAGCGACACAUGGAGAGCCAAUUUUGCACUGAGGAGCCAUCAUGGAAAAUGCUGACAAUGGUGGAAAAUUCACAAUCUGUAAAACUGUAAACGGCAUAAACAAAGCAGGAUGACUGUAUUCAAGAGAAAGUUUGAAACAGUCCACGCAACUGAGAAUAGUCAUACAUAAGGUCACGUAGAGGUCAAGAGAAAAAUUCUGCACACGCACAAACAAGCAAAAAUACACUGACUCAACAACAUUGAUCAAUUUAUUAUUGUUAGACAGGCACUUUUUGAAAAAUCCAUUAUGUCAUGCAUUUUUCUGCUUCUCAAUUGGAAUGCAGCAAAAGUCACAGAAAAGUUACAUUGUGGUCAUCUGCAAAAAUGUGAUGCAACGCCUUAUGUGGUUAGCUUUGGAAUUUUAUCCCCAGAAGCAGCAAGCUCCAAAACAAGAGUUACUGAUAACUUUUGUUUGUCAUAUGAUGGUGCUGUGAUCUCAGAGCCACCAAUGAAUUGCCGACAGGGGCAGUCAUGAGAUCCCGCUGACGUUUUAUGUAGUUAAUCGUUGCUGCAGGGGACACUCGUCGAAAACUAAAUUCAACAUUUUUCUUUCUCUUGGUUUUGUUUGCAAAUUUCGCUAACUUCUGUGAAGUUGUUUGUCCGAGUAUUUGGUUUCAACGUCUUAAAUAUGUGCCGAUCAUGCGUACAUGUGCAUAUAUCAUAUUUUGUUAUGAAAUAUGAGAAGAACUCGGGAAAUGAAUAUUUUGUACGUUUUUGCUUUGUCAGCCACUCUUUCGUACAUCUGUUUACAACACUUCAUCUAAAAGUGCCCGAUCACAAAUUCUUAAUCUUGCAUUGAGAUGGCACAAGGAAAUAAUUUAAUUUCAAAUAUUCUCUGCAAAUAUUAUGUUUUCUCAUAUAGUGGACUAGGGCAGUGAUGAUUUUCUCACAUUUAGCUCGCCUGAACAAACAUGGCAAUUCUGUGAGGCUUGUUGUCUAUCUGAGCAUAUGAGAUAUAUAUUCCCAUAACCCAGGCUAAAUAUUUUUUUGGGCCAUUUUUUUUUUGUGUAUCAGUACUGACCUUACAUGACUACCAAUUGUAAAUACAGAUUCAUUUCCUUUAAAUUGCAGUGUGUGCACUUUGCUUCAACAGCCAACAUUCUCUUUUUGUCAUGCAUGCAGCGUACAGUAUUGUGCCUCUUGUGAUGGCAGAGUAUCAAUGUAGUUGUGAUACAACACGCAUGCACACGCACCACCGACUGGAAGAGUUCUGCACAUGCCCACUGUGUGGCCACAUCAGGUGCAGAUGUUUUGAGCUGCAUGCUACUCAAUUUUUAGGAUUAUUAUUACUAUUGCUUGUUGUGAUUCUAUUCUUUGUUUUGAUUGUACUCUCUUAACUCAAUAUUAUAUGGAGGAAGCAAGUUUGUUUAAUGUGAAACAUAAACAGAUGAAAUGGUUUUCUAUGACUCAUGUCUGUAUUAGACGCUUUAUUCGCAAAUCUGUUUGAUUUUUGAAGAGAUGGUACACAUCCGUCAUUGUAUAGUCCACCGCCAUCGUUGGAUGGAUUUAUAGGCUUAUCUAUGUGACCCGAUCAGAUUUGGUUGAAUGUUAGUCGGUGGGACAGUUGUGUAAUGUUUCAGAAGGAAGAAAAUGAAAAUCCUUUCGAGACAGCAAAAUGUAACAUGUCCCCCCUCAAUGAAAUAAUACAGUUAUGUAUUCCAUUUAUUUCCUUGGAAAUGUCACUUUGCAAAAGGUUUCCCCUUUUAGCAUAUGCUAAUGCUUGGCUACGCUAAAGUUUGUGUUGAUGAAAACUUUUAACUGGGUCAUUUUUAUGGACUUUUGUGUGUGCGUGAGUUAUUUAUUUGGUCUCUUCUUGCAUAUCACAGUGAUGUAAAGCAACAAAAUGCUUCUGUGUUACACUGUGAGAUGAGACUGGCUGCAUGCAACAAUAAAGAAACAGAAAAUUUCA